AUGAUAGCGCUGUCGCUUGACGGUGGCGGUGUUCGAGGUUUGGUGUCGCUGGUGUGUUUGUUGUUCACUUCGAGACGUGUUUUCGGUGAUGAGUAUUUGCCCAAUUUAGUGGACUGGAUAAUAGGUACCAGUGCGGGUUCAAUGUUAGGCCUAUUGCUGGCAAAAGGUGUGACAUUAACGGAGGCAUUCUUUCUCUACUGGGAUAUGAAAAACGAAGUUUUUCUUGAUGGUUCAACAAUGAAGCGUUUAUUCGGUCAUACGGUUGAUUACCAAUCACGAAAUAUGGACAACUGCCUUAAGAGGUGCUUUCCGGACGAUUGUACCUUCUUCAGGUUAGCACUUUCACACAUCUCUCGCCGUCAGCUAUGA